AUCCACGAGAAGAAACCAAAUACUAUACUCACUAUAAUUCUUUUAAAACCUGUGCAACCCCUUGCAUUUAACGUCUUCCUUUAUACAUAUAUUUCAAGUUUGUAUAAUUUGAAAAAAUAUGAUUUUCUAACACAAAUCGAGAAUCUAAUCACCUCUUGGAACAAAGUACGCGUUGGUGUUAGCGCGUUUUCUUAAAGGCUCGCUGCGCUCGGAGGUCCUUAAGCUCACUUGAACAGAAUCACAGUAUGGUACCCUGGUACCGGUACCGACGAGUUCCCGAGGCGGGACUUGGCGCAAAUGAUACUCCGGGCAGUGGAGAACCUUAUGCACGGGAAACACGACCAGUAGCCGACGGUGGUGGCGAGGAUGGCGGUGGUGGUAGGCAGAGGGACACGAUCGUGCCCGGAUCGUGACCGUGGUAGCGGCAGCACGGAACCGAGCACGGGGUAAAGGAGCGAGCGAGCGAAAAAGUGUAGAAAGGGAAUAAACGAGCGAGAUGAAUCGAUGAGUGGGAGCGACCAAGGAGUAUAAACAGCGGGAAACAGAGAGAAGUGAUUAUCGUACUUACCUGGAGUUGAGCGCGGUAGAACGGGAUAGGACGGGCAUCGGUCGUGGUGGAUGGAAAGGGAGGCGAAAUGGUGGGUGGCGGUGGUGGCCGCUGGGGCAACAGGGGAAAACGGGGGACCGAGGAGGUGAGAAGGUAGGAGAACCAGCCUCCGCCAGUAUCCACGUGUUCAGUGUAGUAGCGCGUUAUGACCCGGAUGUUAGAUCGUAGCUGCAGUUUUGCGAGAACCUGCCGACCCGGAUGUCUCGUUCGUCGUCGUCCGCAAGUGAUCCGCUACUAAUGUCCUCCUGGCCACCGAAAUAUGUUCAAUCGGAUAGAUGCGAGCAAGUCAACGAAAGGUGCCAGCAAACUUCGAAGGGACCUGAUAAAUGCCGAAAUCGCCAACUUACGUGAUUUACUGCCAUUACCGCCCUCAACCAGGCAGAGACUUUCCCAGCUGCAGCUUAUGGCCUUGGUUUGCGUAUUUCUUCGAAAAGCCAAUUACUUUCAACAAGCUCUGAAAAAUUGUCCGUCGGACUCCUCGAACAUCCCAACCCCUAACAUAGGGUUUUCAAAAGCUAUGUCCGGGUUCAUAAUGAUGAUGACCCAGCAAGGGAAACUGCUGUACAUAUCGGAAAACGCGGCUGAAUACCUUGGACACUCUAUGGAGGAUUUGUUAAUACACGGCGAUAGCGUUUACGACGUGAUCGACAAACAAGAUCACAUGGUCGUACAGAAUCAAUUGUCCAGAAACAGUCCAAUUCCAAGCGAUCGAAGAUUAUUCCUUUGCCGGAUAAACGUGUCCAGAAAUUCUCGACGGCAACUGCGGUUCGGCGAUCAAAAAGUGGUUCUAGUUGAAGGCCAUUUUUUACCUUUUGUUCCUGUUUGUAAUCGAAAUGAAUUUGUUUUCCUUGCCUCGUGCACGCCCGUCGUUUUGCCGGAAACUAGAGAAAGUAUCGUGCAGGGCGCGACAAACAUUUUCACCACUAUUCAUUCUAUGGAUAUGAAAUACCUUCAUAUCGAUAAAACAGCCGAGAGCCAUUUGGAAUAUACUCGCAACGAAUUAGUGAACGUGUCGUGGUACAAUUUGUUACACUGGGAUUCGAUUAGAACAGCGUACUGCAAACAUCAAACUGUUAUCCAAUCUGAUCAAGAACGGUCCGCAACCGCGUUAUUAAGACUUCAAAGCCGUUCUGGUCGAUGGUUCUGGGUGCACUGCGUUUUGCAAGUCAAAGACACGUCAGAAGAAUGUCAGCAUCCAAUUAUCGUCUGCACCAAUCAAGUUUUAAGCGAUAGGGAAGCGGAAGUGAUGCGUUCGAGCUCUUGGCUGUAUCAGUAUUCGUCUCAAACAAAAUUCACCUACACGAUUUGCUCCAGUACCCAAAACCGUAGCGUGCCGUACGCCACCGGCCAAAACAAUCAACAACAAGACUAUACUCGUUCACUGUCCCACAACAACGAUCAGCAACACUCACCCGGAAUUCGAAACUCGGAUCAAGAUUUGCACAACCCUUCUAAAACCCAGCUGAAGGAUUACAAUGCACGGAAUCCACGGGAGGACGCGGAGCCGGUGGACAUGUCGAUCAGCAGCAGCGAACACGAGAACAGGAAUGUUCACGUGAACGUGCAACACGGUCACUACGCGUUAAGCCAGUUCACCGACAGGUACAAAGUUCCCAAUAAGAAUUCGCUGAGCUUAAGCGGUUACCGGGCGAAGUUCAUUCAGUGCCACGGCCAGUACAGCGCGGACACGCUGUCGCCCAAGUAUUAUAUCACCGAUUUAGAUAAGGAGUAUUGUUGCAACGAGAGGAGCAGCAAGCGGCUUCCGGCGAAGAUGUCCACGGCGACGGGAUCGAUCGACCCGGCCGAUCUGCCCAUAGAGCAUUGGAACUCGAGUCCCGUUUGGUCGGACACCCUGCAAAGGGUGCCGGACGUCGUACAUCAGGAACUUAGCCCGUACGUAGCGACGCCCACCACGCCGGUCGAUACCCCCGACUCUGAGCUACAUCCGGAGACGCCGAUUUUCAAUUUCGAUUGGGCGGCGGAGCAACACGUGCCGCAUCUGAAGAUCACGUUCCGCAGCUCGAACCAGGGGCCGAGGAAACCGCAGGACGUUCAACCGAUCACGUUGCAGUUACCACGGAAAAAGGGCCAGUCGAUGAGCGACACUAAAGACUUUCCUAAAUGAGACUGUGCACAACUCGUUCGGUCGGUGCUUUGCAGUUAGAUAGGCAAAUAUUUUUGUUUUCUUCUUAAGGUUGUAUGAACCCGUAUAAAGCAUCAAAAUUUUAACAGUAACUAGAUGUUACACUAAUGAAACGCAGUACGAGAUUUUAGAAAUUUUGCGAGACUAUUAAGAAACUUAUUAAAUCUUGAAUACUAAUGUCGAAUGAUAGAAUUUUGUA